AUGGUCCUUCCUCGUCGGGAGCUUUCCUCUUCUUUGCAACUGUCGCAGUCCACCGUUCCCACAAGAAAAGAAGACAAAAUCGCUUAUCGAACUCCACAUGCCAAAGACUUUUCAACCGACCAAAGUUGUCUUCAUAAUCACUCUCUCUCCUUCCUCCGAUAACACGUCCAAAUUGGCCCAUCUUUCUUUUCCGACCGAGCAAUGACGAUGGCCGCCGUACUUCACUUCGCCAAGGGCAUGAUCAAGCCGGCGGCCGCACUCGCCGUGGUGGCGAUGGCGGUGGGGCUGUCGUACCUGCAGAAGCUGAGCUUGGAGAGGGAGAUGGUUUACUCCGUCUUCAGAGCUUUCCUUCAGCUCUCCGUGAUUGGCUUCGUUCUGCAGUUCAUUUUCAGCCGCCAAAGCGUUGCUUGGAUCUUCUUGGCUUACAUUUUCAUGGUUUCUAUCGCCGGUCACACAGCAGGACAGCGAGCCAAGCACGUGCCCAAUAGCAAGUACAUCGCCGGAGCCUCGAUUUUUGCUGGAACUUCAGUGACCAUGUUGACGUUGGUGCUGUUGCGCGUAUUUCCUUUCACUCCUCGUUAUAUCAUACCGGUUGCUGGGAUGAUGAUUGGAAAUUCGAUGACUGUAACUGGAGUCACCUUGAAGCGACUUCGAGAUGACAUCAAGUCACAAAUGAAUCAGGUGGAGACGGCACUGGCUCUCGGUGCCACCCCUGAUCAGGCCAUUAUACGACAGGUGAGGAGAUCUCUGGUGAUUGGACUCUCGCCGGUGUUGGACAAUGCCAAAACGGUGGGCCUGAUCACGCUUCCAGGAGCAAUGACUGGUAUGAUCAUGGGCGGCGCUUCGCCCCUCGAGGCCAUUCAGCUUCAGAUCGUGGUGAUGAACAUGCUUGUCGGUGCUGCCACGGUUAGCAGCAUCACAUCGACUUACCUCGCCCAGCCUGGUUUCUUCACCUAUGCUCACCAAUUACGACCAUACGUCUUCUCUUCAGAUUGAGGUCACAUUGUUUAUGUUGAGAAUAUGAUCAUUAAUUAAAAAAAUCAGAUCAUAGAUCGAUUGGUCAUUUUCUCCAUGA